AUGUUUCGCUUUUCUUCUGUUUGCCUUAAUUUUACCUCCUAGCUAUUAAUCUGUAUUACAAAAGUGCAAUUUAAUAAGAAACUUUACAAUUAAUUGCAGGACAGGUUUUUGGAAGAAUAUAAAUUAGAAAUAAUAAUAUAAUUAAAUGAAUUAAACUCAAGCAAUUAUUAAAAAUUUGCUCACAAUUUAACUUUGAUUUAAAAAUUUAUUAAAGUGAUCAGUAAAUUUAAUUUAAGUUCAAUAAUAAUUUAAAUAAGUGAUUUGAGCAAUACAUUUGAAUUUUAAUGGAGAUUUCAGAGAGCUAACUUUAAAAAAGAGCUGCUAAUAACCAUAACAAACAAAUUAUUUCAUGACUAAUUAAGCUUAGAAAUAUUUUAAAAUUUGAGAACACUCCUUAUUGAUAAUAUAUAAUAAUAAAUUUAAAUUACUUCUAAUAAAGUUGAGAAAAAAGAAUUAAAAAAUUUGUUAUCUUCUGGAUAGUUCUUUAGCUUUCAAACCUAUAAGAUACCUGGACUAGCUGACUAUGAUAAUGCCUCAUUUAAUGAAACUGUAAAGUAGCUGGCAGCAAACAACUUUUAAGUGUUAGCCUAUUAUAAAUCUAUUUUUUAAUUUUAAAUAAUAAAUCCAGCUCAUUUAUUGUAUGAUUUAUAUAGUGAAAGCAUUUGA